AUGAUACUGAAUUUUUUUUCAAGUAAUUGGGUUCCACAUGGUCCAUCUAAAAUGCUCAAUGGGUGGGCUAUGCAUCACACACCCCGAAAUUACAACGGAUGUAGUUGUGCACUAUCGUCAAAAUGUGUAUCCCCAUCUCGAGGAAUGUUAGCAGGUUGUUAUCCCCUGGAAUCUAUUCUACAAUCAACAAUGGCAUGUUUUUAUAAUAAAACUUGUAUCAGUCAGCUGAGCUAUGUUGGUAGAUUAAAUGUUUCCACAUUGGUUUCAAGUCAUUUUCCAUUAAAUACAACAGUUGAAUCAAUUAUAAAUGAAUUAAUGAUUGAAGAAUUAAUAAGUAAUAUUUCUUAUGAUUCUUAUUUCAACGGAUGCGCACCAUUGUCAUGUACAUAUACAUAUGUUGAUGAUAACCAUGUCGUUGAAGCAAUAACACGAUUAAUUGGUCUUUAUGGUGGAUUGAUUAUCAUCUGUCGAUUAUUUGCAGUUGUUAUUGUCAAACAUAUUUUAUUCGUAACACAAAGAAUUAUACCAACAACUGACUAA